UUAUAAGUUGUAAAACUGAGUUUUGCAUUAUUUGCUUUUAAUUGUUAUGAAAGAUUUCCCAAGGUACAGGCUGAAUUUUUAGUGCCGUUUCUCAGGAGAUAUACCAUGGUGGCUCUAGGCCUCCAAGCCGCACAUUUUAGUGCUCCUCAACAGUUAUCAGUACGUAGACGAAGAAAUUUUAGCAACUUUAUCCGGUGUGGCAUUGCAGAGCCGUCAGGAGAGCCAGCUCCAUUGGGACAGAAAACAAAGUAUAAUGAUGGGUUGUUUGAGAAGGCAUUUAUGUCUCUUUUCGCUCGCAAGAUGGAAAAGUUUGCGGCUGCACCAAAAGCUGGAACGGAAGCAAAGAAGGGAUUUUUUGACUAUGACUAUGAGAGUUUUGUUGAGGUGUCCAAGAGGGUAAUGCAGGGGAGGUCUCGCUUGCAGCAGCAGCAAGUGGUCCGAGAGGUGCUCUUGUCCAUGCUCCCUCCAGGUGCACCAGCUCAGUUUAGGCAAUUGUUUCCACCAACAAAGUGGGCGGAGGAGUUCAAUGCUGCACUGACAGUUCCUUUCUUCAACUGGCUAGUCGGUCCAUCUGAGGUUGUGGAAGUGGAAGUAAAUGGGAAGAAGCAAAAAAGUGGAGUUCAUAUCAAGAAAUGCAGAGCUUGUUUUGCAGAAAUAUGUUCCAUGGCUAACCCCAGCUCUAAUGUCUGCCACAAAUUACAAGCAUGAGAUGAUGCUCUACCUGGCUCAGUUCUCUUGUAGAAAAAGAAAACUACCUCACAUACAUAGUUCAAGACUUUUUCCUCUAGCCUGUCAUUCUCCAUGAUCUUCCAGAUGGACACAUCUUAUAAUUAAGAGGAAAUGUAGGCAAAACUUUCUAAAUUAAGAAGUAAGAAUCUUAGGUCACAUCAUGAUUGAGGAAACAAAGAGAAACUGAUAUAUAUGUAUAGACUGUAUAGAUAAUUCUGCAAUUUUCUACUUGUUUGUUCAAUCAACGAAGGGAAGUUGUCUCCUUUCUUUAGUAAGAUAGCUUAAAAACACAAAUUUCUUUUGCAUCUGUUCACUUUUGGUAUAUUUUACAAUUGGGAUCUAUAUUUUCCAUCCAUUCAUUACAUUAGACAAUCUUAUAUAAUUUUGUCCUUUUUGGGACAGA